UUGUUUUUCAAGAGCCUAGAUGGACAUCAGUGGAAGGGUAUUCAUAUAUGGCAAGUAGUUCUAAACUUAAAUGGGACGAAGCUGAAGCGUACUGUCUGCAGCAUAAUGCCACCUUGCUUGAUUUCAUUGACGGUGAUGAUUUACUCUACCUCAAUCAAAAAGGAUAUUCUUAUUCACUCUGGAUUGGACUUCGAAAAAAUGCGUCCAGGCUCAUUGAAGUCCCGAGAAAUAUGAGCGAUGCCUUGGUUUCCCUUGUGCUGUGCAAGAACAGAAAGCCAUCCACAAGAAUCUUAUUUACUGGGUGCGGCCGGCUAUGUGCAUCUAUUUGUGUAAAACUGAAAAAGGAAGGUAAUUGCAAUAAUUGCAAUCAUAUAAUUUUUAACAUUAAUAAUUAUAGUUUCCAACCCAAAGUUGCUACUAUACAGCCUGUUUUAUCAGGUGGAGGAAUCUGCAGGUGGCUUAGGACUCCUUCAUUAAUUGGAUGAUGCAGAUUGUAUAUAGUAGUAUAUAUAAUGGUAAUUUUAAUCUUGUUUCUAAAACUUUCACCUUUGUUGUUCAUAACUUAUUACUUAUUUUUAUUUCUCAAGGAUUUAUACAAAAGGUUAAUUUAAUUUAAUUUGCAACGUUUCGGACAUUUUAAAUGUCCGUCUUCAGGCGACAAUUGUUGUCAAUGUUAUGUUCAAAAAUGCUGACGAUUUAACUUAGCUGUCAGUCACGUCAUUUUGCGCGUGCGUCAAUAUGCACUUGCGCGCGCGUGUUCUUGUUUACACGUUCCUUCUUAAAAUACUUAUUUAACAAUGGUCUCCACAUCACCAAUUGUUCGAAAUUAUUCAAAACCGUGUAGCCAUUAUACUGUUCUCUUAAAGACUCAAUUCCUUCUCUCACUUUUCUUUGUUUUAAUCCAUUUUCAGUUGUUAUCACUCGUGCCUUUUCCCAAUCAAUCCCACUCUCGCAAUCAACGCUAUGUCUCGCCAAACCUCCAUCUUCCUUACCCAUUCUUUCUUCUGCCGACUCUAGUUUUCCAUUCUUUAUGUCCUCUCCCGUCAACCGAACUUUACUCAUAUGCUCUUUCUUUCUAGUUCCAAACAAGCGCCAAGUCUCUCCCACAUAAACCGCCUCAUCACAUUUGCAAGGAACUUCAUAUACGACGGUCUUCCGUUUCUCUUCCAGUGGUUUCUGUGCCUUUGUUUUAAUUUGUCUCACUUUAUUCCCAGGUCUGAAUGCGGUACGGAAACGAUGCUUCUUAGCGACUCUCUUGAACUGCUCCGACAUUCCUUGUAAAUAUGGUAUAACCACCAUUCCUCUACAACAUUCCUCAUCUUUAGAAUCUGUCGACUCAUUCGUAUCCUCCUCUUUGCUUUUCAUAUACCGUUUCACUGUCUCUCUGUCAUAUCCAUUAGCCACAAACACAUCUUCAAUGUUUUUCAUUUCCUCUUCUACAUAGCCAGGAUCGCAUAAUGCUCUAGCACGAUCUGCAAAUCCUUUAAUUAUACCUUUCUUCAUUGAGGAGGGAUGGUUUGAUCUUUCUUUCACAUUUAUAUUUGUAUGUGUUUUCUUGUAGUGAACCAUACAUUCGAUCUGUUUCGUUUUCCUGUUGAUUUUCUGUUUCAGAUCCAAAACCGGGAUAACAUCAUUUUCUUGCUCUUCUUUGGUAAAUUUCAAUGCUGUUUAGAUGGUCAAGUAUCACAUCCGACUGAUCUUUUUCUAACUUUAUCUCACUAUCAUCAACGUACCAGAACCAUUCAUUCAAUGGAUAUGGUGACGUUUCGAUUGCCCGUAACUGAAAUUCCUCCAUGAAUAUCAUCGCGAUCUCACCCGUUGCUCCAAGCCCAAUCGGUCCACUCUCCAAAACGUAAUGACUCCCAUUGUACUCACAGUACGUCAGGUUAAACACCCACUUCAAUAACUCCAUGACCGAUCCAACGCUCAGACCUGUUAUAUCCUUUAACUUCUUGCUUUCCCUCAGCAAUCUUUCCACUAACCUUAACGCUCUUUCAAUUGGAAUUGAUGGAUACAGGUUCUGAGUCGAAGGAAUUGAGUCUUUAAGAGAACAGUAUAAUGGCUACACGGUUUUGAAUAAUUUCGAACAAUUGGUGAUGUGGAGACCAUUGUUAAAUAAGUAUUUUAAGAAGGAACGUGUAAACAAGAACACGCGCGCGCAAGUGCAUAUUGACGCACGCGCAAAAUGACGUGACUGACAGUUAAGUUAAAUCGUCAGCAUUUUUGAACAUAGCAUUGACAACAAUUGUCGCCUGAUGACGGACAUUUAAAAUGUCCGAAACGUUGCAAAUUAAAUUAAAUUAACCUUUUGUAUAAAUCCUUGAGAAAUAAAAAUAAGUAAUAAGGUAAUUUUAAGGUUAGCGAAACUAUGGUCAUUACUUUGUGACUUUCUUCGUGUUUGGAAAAACCGCAGUUUCGUUUAAUGCAAAAAUUCGCUUGCCUGUAACGGGAGCGAAACGGAAAGUCAUUUUAGAGAGUUUAAGCUUCUCGUUUGCGGGAACGCCAAACGGCAAGGUCGAAAUUUAAUUCUUGGCAUAAUUUUCGUUCGAUUUCAGCGUGUCAUAUUUUCUUUCAUAUGACACAGGAAUAGUUAAGCAUUCUAGUUGUAAAACAACAAGCCCAUUCACUUUUUAUUGUUUUAUAGCGUAAAAUUUUUCUUUGCCUGACGUUUGUCGUUUGUCGUUGAACGCGAAGCUUAAGCCCUGUUUUGUUUUUGUCCGAAGGUGAAUAGCGCAAGGAUAUCCGCAGCUGCAAGAGCAACAAAUCAAAUUGCGCGAAAAGUGCUAUCACUUUAUAUAAAUUUUAGUUCCAAUCUUUAUUAGGAAAGUGUGAUGAAAACUGGAUCUCGUAUGGCGAAAAUUGUUCUUUGUUAGUUCACGACCGCAUGAGCUGGUUUGGUGCAUACGCCCACUGCAAAAGGCUACAUAGCGAACUAUAUACAGACGGCGUACACGAAGCGUCUAUUGCUUCCGUCAUGGAUGGUCGAUAUAUGUGGACUGGAUUGGCAAUUAGCACGAAACCGAAUCCUGGGCCACGAUGGGAGUGGUCAAAUGGUACACAAUUGCAAUGGACAGAUAGAGAAAUAAGAGUACCUGAUGUCGGUUGUCGCGGUUGUGGGUUUAUGCGUAACCAAACACUUUACCUUACUUUGCAUUGCCAUAAAAAUCAUUCCUUCAUUUGCCAGGAUCAAUAUCCAGGUAUUCGUAUUCGUUUAAAAUGAAUAUCUAAAUUAGUAUUACUCAUGUUUGGGAUACACCUGCUUUAAGUAUAUUUGUAUAUUUGUAAAUAUGUUUUGUAUGGUUUGUGACCCCCCUCAUGGAAAUCAACACCUGUUGAUGAGGCUAGCAUCUUUAAAUACAUUUUACAUAUAACAUUCACACACACACACACACAUACUUCUAGGGCCCCAGGUUAUUUAUCUACCCACCAUAGUUUGGUCAGAUAUAACCAGAUUCCUGGUUACAUUACUUCUAGGGCUCCUGGUUAUUUAUCUACCCACCAUAGUUUGGUCAAAUAUAACCAGAUUCCUGGUUACAUUAACCAGACUAUGGUUAGGCGCCCUGCAAGAGCGACAAGUCGAUUCGAACCACGCAGCUAAAUAACACGAGUUGCCUUGUAGCAAAUCUAUUAUAUCUACCACAAGAAAAUGUUCACCUUGUUGACUGAUGACGUCUCCUUUGAAUACUUUUACCGCAAGCAUUGGUUUACUUAUACCAGAGUAGAGAGUGUAAACAUGUGUGAUAAAUAACUUUUGUUUAUCUUUGAUUGUUUAGUUACCCAUAGUGAACUAAGUCAAAGACAUGCAUCAUGGUAUAAAGCACAAUCCAAUUGUCAAGACCUGUUAAAUGGCUCUGGUAGUCACCUAUUUCAAUUGAACUCAAUGACUGAGAGUAUUUUGAUGGAAUUGGCUAGCAAUAACAUUACCCAACCUGAGCAAGCAUAUUGGUUUGGCCUAAUAAAAAAAAUUAAUACAGGUGAAAAGAGUUGUACUGUGUCUACUGUAGGAAAUGGGAAAAUUGUAACGGAUUAUCGACUGGAUAAAUGUGUUACCGUUCAGUGUUCCGACUUUAAUAUAUCGAAAUAUGGAAAUUGUGAUUUGAUGUACCAUCCAGUUUGUAUUAAAAAUGCAAUAACAAAUGGUGAAGGUGAGUUGUAGGUAUGGCGUAAAUCCUCUACCCAGGGCCCUCUUAACCUCUCUCGCUCUCUCUAAUUAUCGCCCUCUGUCGAGACGGAAAAUGUAUUCAACCUUCGCAUUAAAUAGGCAUUCCAGCAGUAAGUAUUCCAGUACGUUCCCAUAAGCCCCAUUUCGAUUUCGGCAUUCUGCAGUAAACUAUAUUGCCUCUUCUCAAGUGAAGGUGCCUUACUGCCUUGGGUCAAAAAAUAAAGUAAAGUAAAGGAGAAAGUGAUUAUUUUUGCCAGAAAAGUAAAUGCAAUAUAAGUUAACUGAAUGUUCUAUUGAGUUACAGAUGGUUAGUAAUUAUAAACUUUCUAAACGACUUCCGACUUCGCAUUAUUUAAGUGCGCUUUCUACUAUGUGAGCGUUUAUAAAUCAAAUCAGAGUUGCAAUACAAAAUUAUUUUGCCAAAAAUUAUUUACCGAUUUGGAAACUCGAACUUCACUGUUUUUAAAGAUAGUACUGUUACAGGAAAUCAACAGUUAGUAAAUUUUUACCGUGUGCAUAAAUUAUGUGAAAGAUUUCGAUUGUAUUCAUAAUCCAGUAAUGUUUAGUACUUGUUUAUCUGUAUAAAUGUGGUAUGCCUUGUUCAACGCUGGAUUAGCGCUCUUCCCUCGGUUAAAAUUUAAUCUGUUGUUUUAGUUUAUGUAUUUUCGAGCAACCGGUCCCAGGAUUUUUGGUAUGUCUACAGGGUGUCUCAAAAAUAACGCUACGGAAAUUCAACAGGCUGUCAUGCAUCAUAAACGUGGCUAAACAAUUCAAUUUUUACAUGGGACGAAAGAACAGUUAUUUAGCUUUCCAAUGAUACUCUGUUUAAAUCGUAACGAGGAGAAAUGGCCACAUACUCACCAAAUAAAAAUUGCCGGUCGAAAUCACAUUCGUCAUGCACCGUUGGGAGUUGCAAGGAAAACGAACAAUAAACAAUUCCCAAGAGGGAAUUAAUUGAAGAGGGAAUUUUAAUUGAAAGUUAAAUUAUCAAAAAUAAGCUCAACUCGUCUGUCUUUUUCUCAGUGAGACCAUAAGAACGUCCAUUAUUGCAUUAAACAUGGUUCCAUUAAUCACUGAGCAGAGAACAUUCGUAAUCAAAACGUUUUACGAAACAAGAACCUUGCAGAAGGCUUGCGUUGCUUUUGGAUUGAUUAACUUUGCAUAAUUAAUGUACUUUCAAUUCACAACGGUGGAGAAUGUGAUUUCGACCGAAAAUUUUUAUUUGACGAGUAUGUGGCCAUUUCUCAUCGUUAUGGUUUAAGAAAGGUAUCAUAGAAAAGCUAAACAGUAGCUCUUUCGUCCUAUGUAAAAAUUAAACUGUUUAGUUAACGGUUUGUGAUGCACAACAGUCUGUUGAAUUUCCGUAGCGUUUUUUUGAGACACCCUGUACAUGUUGAAUAGUAUUAUUACUUGGUAGACCUGCAUGUUGAAAUGUAUUUUUCUACAUGGAAAUUUCGAAUGUAUCAUUGCUAACAGAGGGCCUAUAUGGUCGUUUUUCGCAGUUUUUCUUCAACAUUUACUUCUAUGAGAGAGAUGUUAAAAUUCCUGAGAGAGAUUCCAUAAUUCUUGAUCAACUUGUGGUUAAUGCUUGGCAACCGACUGGAAUCGCAGGGCCGUAGGUCCUAUUCCUGCCAGAGGGCCUAUGUAGUUGCGUUUUUCCUGGUUGCCCCUGGUUCAAAAGUUGUAUCUAAUGUACACUCGAAAAUUCCAUCUUCAAAAAUUCCUUAAAUAAGUAAUAAUCAGGAUGUAUGAUUUUACAAUACAGGUUUAUGUGGAGACUGGAGUGAAGUAGAUGUCCACAACGAAAAAAAGUGUAUAAAAGUGUUUGAAAAAGUUCGUAUGAUAUGGUUUGCGGCUUAUAUGCUUUGCCAACAACAGAAUGGUAGCCUUCUAUCCUUGACAAUGAUAUAUCACAUGCAGGGGAAUGGUCCAUUUGAAGAUGGCCGUUGCUGGUUAGACGACCGGAAGGUCUAUGCCCCUCAGGAUCCGUUGGAAGGAUGGCAAUGGCUCAAUGGUAGUCAGUAUAAUGGUGCUCAUAUAUGGGGAUUGGAUGGUAUUCUGCGAUACAUUGGUUACGAAGAGAAGUGCGCUGUGAUAAACGUAAAACGUAAGAUUUGGGAAGAAAGCGAUUGUACUUGGCGUCGUCAUUUUAUAUGUAAAAAGAAG